AUGUCUUCUGUUCAAUCUCUAACUGUGUCUUCUGAGGUGUCUUCUGUUAUAUCUUUUACUAUAUCUUCUGUUCGAUCUUUGACUAAGUCUACUGUUCAAUCUCUAACUGUGUCUUCUGAUGUGUCUUCUGUUCAAUCUCUAACUGUGUCUUCUGAUGUGUCUUCUGUUCAAUCUCUAACUGUGUCUUCUGAUGUGUCUUCUGUUCAAUCUCUAACUGUGUCUUCUGAUGUGUCUUCUGUUCUAUCUCUUACUGUAUCUUCUGUUCGAUCUUUUAUUAAGUCUUCUGUUCAAUUUCUAACUGUGUCUUCUGAUGUGUCUUCUGUUCAAUCUCUAACUGUGUCUUCUGAUGUGUCUUCUGUUCAAUCUCUAACUGUGUCUUCUGAUGUGUCUUCUGUUCUAUCUCUUACUGUAUCUUCUGUUCGAUCUUUUAUUAAGUCUUCUGUUCAAUUUCUAACUGUGUCUUCUGAUGUGUCUUCUGUUCAAUCUCUAACUGUGUCUUCUGUGUCUUCUGUUCAAUCUCUAACUGUGUCUUCUGAUGUGUCUUCUGUUCUAUCUCUUACUGUAUCUUCUGUUCGAUCUUUUAUUAAGUCUUCUGUUCAAUUUCUAACUGUGUCUUCUGAUGUGUCUUCUGUUCAAUCUCUAACUGUGUCUUCUGAUGUGUCUUCUGUUCAAUCUCUAACUGUGUCUUCUGAUGUGUCUACUGUUCAAUCUCUAACUGUGUCUUCUGAUGUGUCUUCUGUUCAAUCUCUAACUGUGUCUUCUGUUCUAUCUCUAACUAUGUAUUCUGAUCAAUCUCUAACUGUGUCUUCUGAGGUGUCUUCUGUUCUAUCUUAUACUAUAUCUUCUGUUCGAUCUUUGACUAAUUCUACUGUUCAAUCUCUAACUGUGUCUUCCGAUGUGUCUUCUGUUCUAUCUUUUACUAUAUCUUCUGUUCGAUCUUUGACUAAUUCUACUGUUCAAUCUCUAACUGUGUCUUCUGAUGUGUCUUCUGUUCUAUCUUUUGCUGUGUCUUCUGUUAUGUCCUCCACUUUGUCUUCUGAUGUGUCUUCUGUUAUAUCUUUUACUAUAUCUUCUGUUCGAUCUUUGACUAAUUCUACUGUUCAAUCUCUAACUGUGUCUUCUGAUGUGUCUUCUGUUCUAUCUUUUGCUGUGUCUUCUGUUGUGUCCUCCACUUUGUCUUCUGCGCUAUUUUUUUUACUGUGUCUUUUUCCGUCUCCUGAUUGUGUCUCCUGA